CCGACUCGCGCUCCCGGGCGAGCCCUUUGAACCGCCUUUGAUUCGCCGUCGCGAGCGGCGGUUCCACCCCCGAGGACAGAGCCGCGGCCGCGCCGCCGCCCAGGCCCGGUUUUGAACUAUCGAUCAAACAGAUUUGGCGGGAUCUGUCGAAGCCUGUGGGAGGUGGGCAGGAAGCAGGCGGGGGUGCGGUGGGGAGAAGCGAGGAGGGGGGCGCUCCUGGCUAUAAACGGUGCGGGCCGGCGCCUGCCGCCAGACCCCGCGCGCCGCGCCGCCCGCUCUGGAGCCCCGGGGCAGGUGCUGCGGGCUGCGGGCUCGGGCUCGGGGUCAUGGCCGCGGCCGUGCUGCUGGGGCUCGGCUGGCUCUGCGCGCCGCUGGCAGCGCUGGUGCUGGACUUCAACGACAUCCGCAGCUCGGCCGACGGGCAGGGGGCGCGCCAGGGGCCACAGUGCCUGUCCGACAGAGACUGCAGUCCCAGGAGGUUCUGCCUGCAGCCCCGCGAUGAGAAGCCGUUCUGCGCCACGUGCCGAGGGCUCCGGCGGCGGUGCCAGCGCGCCAGCAUGUGCUGCCCAGGGGCGCUAUGCCUGAACGAUGUCUGUAUGUCAGCGGACGAAGUGACCACGCGACUGGAAAGACAAAGCGAGGACCAGGAUGGCACAGAAUCAAGAGGGUCAACUGAGCACUCGAUCGAUGAAAACCAACCCCAAAGGAAGCCAAACCCUAAGAGACCACAAGGCGGCAAGGGACAAGAAGGGGAGAGCUGUCUGAGGACUCUGGACUGUGGCCCUGGGCUUUGCUGUGCGCGUCAUUUUUGGACGAAGAUCUGUAAGCCGGUCCUGCUGGAGGGGCAGGUGUGUUCCAGGAAGGGGCACAAAGACCCAGCUCAGGGUCCGGAGAUCUUCCAGCGUUGUGACUGCGGCCCCGGGCUGUCGUGUCGAAGUCAGGCGACCGGCAACCGACAACACGCACGGUUGAGAGUCUGCCAGAAGCACAGAUAAAAACCUGCAGACUCCCGAGUGAAGAGGGAUGCUCGCGGGGCUCAAGUGGAAUCCCGGCCGUUCACUGCCAGACCUCCGCCCGGUAUCUCCUGCAGGCCAAUCUCCAGGCAACACAGACUGACCCUACUGCCCUUCGAGGAACGGGCGGUGGCUUCUGCCUUUUGGGCGUCUCUCCGGAAGACUGGCGCGGUUCUGCAGCAAUUUUGAUUCUGAUCUAGUGACUCGGUUGGUUCAAAUCAAUUUUUUGAAAAAUUGGAAUUGUAUAUAUUUAAGGUACACAGUGUGAUACCGUCAUACACAUGUAGUGAACUGAUUACUGGAGUUAAGCUGAUUAACAUCCGUCUCCAAAUAAACCUUUAAAAAUUUU